AUCCCAAACCCAAUCACAAAUCCAAUCACAAUCCCAAUCCCAAUCGCAAAUCAAGCCUUGGAUCACAUCGAAAGAAUUAGUGAAUGUAGUAGUAGUAGUAGUAUGAUGCCCGCAGUAUUAAAGUCGUACACUAAUACUAUAGAAAGUGUGAGUAGUGGUGGAGCAGUGUCAAAAGAUUUGAUACACAACUCGAUUGUUCCACCCCAUGGAUAUGGACAUGGACAGAAACGAAAGAAUUCCGUUGUAACGGAUGAAAGUACAAGCACUAAGAAGGGCAUAUUGUCAGCAAUCGAGGAGAAGAAAAAUAAUCAUCUUCGGAAAAAUAUCCGAGAUGUGAUGAAUGAAAAUAAUUUAGAUACAACUACUCUGGCAGCCCAGAAAGAGGAAGCUGAACGUUUGGCCCGCGUUGCCGGACAGCAGAAAUCGAUGCGGGAAAUCCGAAAAUCUGUUGUACACAAGAAUAUCUUUCGUAUUUUAAAUAUCGAUGAGUCGAAUGAUGUGAACUGUAACUCGCAGGCAAAUCACUUUAAUAACACUAUUGUCCUACCCGAAGAUGAUUUGGCAUCCGUAACGUGUGAUGAAACAAAUAGUAGUUUAAGCUGCAGCAUUGAUGAUGAUGAGGUUCUCGAUAAGGAAACUGGCACCGAGCCCUCAAACGAAGUUGUCACAAUCGAUGAUAGUUCCGAUGAUGAUUGCAUAUUGUUGUCCGAGGAGGAGGAGGAAGAGGAGGAGGAUGAUUUGAAUGAAAGCGAAGAUGCGACAAACAGUGGGAUGCAUGUUAAGGAUAUAUAUAAUAUCCCCGAUGAAUAUGGACGCGUUGUUGUUAAUAUUGCACAUCCUGAAGGUGAAGAAACAUUGUAUUUGGCUCCACAGAUAGCCAAAGUAAUCAAACCCCAUCAAAUCGGCGGUGUACGAUUUUUAUAUGACAAUAUUAUUGAAUCGACGCGUCGAUUCAAUAAAUCAAGCGGAUUUGGGUGUAUCCUUGCUCAUUCCAUGGGACUUGGCAAAACCUUACAAGUUGUUUCCUUCUGUGAUAUAUUUUUAAGACACACAUCCGCAAAGACAGUUCUAUGCGUUAUGCCCAUAAAUACAUUACAAAAUUGGUUAAGUGAAUUUAACAUGUGGAUUCCACGACAAACUGGCGACAUGAAUGUGCGUCCCCGCAAUUUUGACAUCUUUGUGCUAAACGACCAACAGAAGAACCUCACUGCACGGGCAAAGGUCAUCUUGAAUUGGGUGCACAAGGGAGGAGUUUUACUAAUUGGUUACGAACUGUUUCGGUUACUGGCAUUGAAGCUGGUCACGACACGCAAGAAGAAAGGCAAAAACUCGUACAACGAUGCAAUGGAUUCGAGUAAAGAUUUAAUGAACCUGGUCUUUGAGGCGUUGGUUAAACCUGGCCCCGAUUUGGUCAUUUGUGAUGAAGGACAUCGAAUCAAAAAUUCACAUGCUGGCAUCUCACUUGCCCUCAAGCAAAUACGCACCCGUCGACGCAUAGUCUUAACCGGAUACCCUUUGCAGAACAAUCUGCUCGAGUAUUGGUGUAUGGUGGAUUUUGUACGGCCAAAUUAUUUGGGCACACGCACGGAGUUUUGCAAUAUGUUCGAGAGGCCAAUACAGAAUGGUCAGUGUGUCGACUCAACACCCGAUGAUAUCAAGCUAAUGAGAUAUCGAGCUCAUGUUCUUCACUCCUUACUCUUGGGGUUCGUUCAACGCCGCUCGCAUACUGUGUUGCAAUGCACUCUGCCACAGAAAUUGGAAUAUGUUAUCCUUGUGCGAAUGACUCCAUUUCAACGAAAGCUUUACGAUACCUUUAUGACGGAUGUUGUGCGCAAAAAGGCAUUUCCAAAUCCAUUGAAGGCAUUUGCCGUCUGUUGUAAGAUAUGGAAUCAUCCGGAUGUUUUAUACAACUUUCUAAAAAAAUGUGAGACUGAUUUAGAUUUAGAAAUUGAUGAAGAUACCAAGAGCAACACCACAAUCCCCGUCGUCGAUCCAAAUCCAACUGGUGUCAUCGACACAAAUACUGCCCCAAUGAUUCCUCCGCAAGUUAACAAUGGAAGCAAUGAUCGUGUACAUAAUAAUACCUCAGAGAUAAAUAAAAUCUAUGCUAAUAAAAGUUGCGAGCAAUAUGGUGCCGAAAAAGAGGAUCAUCAACUCAAUAUGGGUACUUAUAGCACGGAAGCGAAAGGAGGAGGCAAUUAUUGGUUGGAUGCAAAUAUACUACCGAAACCAAGCUAUGUUGAAGUCAUAAAGCAAACCGAUUCGAAUAUGGCUAAGGACUUUGAAACUAUUCCCGGCUCUUCCGAAAUAGUCGACUUGGAUACGAAUGAAAUCAAAACAGUUGAAAGAAUCGUUCAGCCUACUUCCAUUAAUCACCAAAAAAAUAUUGAUUGCGAAAAGCUAAAGUCCAUCGAAAAUAGCAAUUCAACGAAACAAGGCCUUACCACCAGUAUUAUUAACGACACGAAUAAAAAAACGUUCAAGCCAAAAAAAAUUAAUGAUGAAUUUUCAUGUUCCUGGGCACUGGACAUAAUGAAAAACUACGUCCCUGGCCAAAUAUCGACAUCACCUAAAAUGGAAAUAUUCUUUUGCAUUAUGAAAGAGAGCAUUUUUAUGGGUGAUCGAAUAUUGUUGUUCAGUCAAAGUCUAUUGACACUAAAUCUAAUCGAAGGGUUUCUCAAAUCAAGCUUUGUACCAUGCACUACAAACUUUUGGAUGCGAAAUGUUUCAUAUUUUCGUUUAGAUGGUUCGACUUCGUCGCAAGAAAGAGAAAGGCUCGUCAAUGAGUUUAAUGCGAAUCGUAAUAUUAAGCUUUUCCUAAUAUCUACAAGAGCCGGUUCCUUGGGUAUUAAUUUGACUGGUGCGAACAGAGUUAUCAUAUUUGAUGCCAGCUGGAAUCCUUGUCAUGACACCCAAGCUGUAUAUAGGAUUUAUAGAUACGGACAAACAAAACAAUGCUAUGUGUACAGAAUUGUAAUGGAUAAAUGCCUGGAAAAGAAAAUCUAUGACAGGCAAAUUAAGAAACAAGGAAUGUCUGAUCGAAUCGUUGAUGAAUGUAAUCCAGAGGCGCAUUUAUCGAUGAAAGAGAUAACCAACUUGUGCCACGAUUAUAGCUCAGAUGAUGAGCAGCAAACGGAUGGUGAAGGUCAGAAGUCUAAUGAAGCAACCACCACACAAAAUAAUGAAUUGGGCGAACCUCCUGGAGCAACGACUGCUAAAAUAAAAGACGAAAAAUUUGUUCACUCAACGACGCAUUUGGAUCCGAUUAUUAAUACAAUUGUUGAUUUACAUGAAAACUAUAUAACAAAAGAUCCUUUCCUCCAUGAAAGCUUACUAGUUGAUCAAAAAGAUCGAAAGCUAUCACAAGCUGAAAAAAGACAGGCACACCGCAGUUACGAGCUCGAAAAGAAGGCGUCUGUAAAUCAAAAAUUAACCUAUGCCUCAGGAAAAAUGCAAUAUAAAAUUGUUAACCAGGAUGGUACUGUUAUUACUCGCCCAGUGGCCUCAAUUAAACCCAUACAAGCAAAGAAAACAAACGCUCCAAGUGGAGGUCGGUCAACUCGUUGGAUUCCUGCUGAAGUGUGGCAAAGACAGGGAAUGACUGCUCAGGAAAUGACGUUACCCCUUGACGUUGUCAUACCAACAAAUUCAUCAGAGAAAUCUAAUAUAAUACUCAAAGCUGGACAAAGAGUUAUGGUGCUGAAGUCAGCGAAAGGAAUCUAUAUGCAAUUAGAUAGUGGUAAGAUUAUCGCAAUCAGAACAACAUCCAAGCGCCCGGAUGAUGAAAAGACCAGCAAAGAAGACGUAAUUGAUAUUACAUCCGAUUGCGAUACUGAUGUUCCGAAGUCGAAAACGCCUGAGCCAGAAAAACCGAUGGACACCACAUCAACUGGAGAAAACACAAAAGACGCGAUAAGCAAAGAGUGCUUACCCAUUCAACCGUCUUUAGAGCCAGCCUUUACGAGAACCAGCAAUUUGGAAAAUCAUCAGCAAACUAAACCACAAAUAAUGCAAAACAGUAAUCAAAUUCAAGGCUUAAACAGCAUUCCACCAACUCUGCACCAGCAGCCGGAAAAUGUAGACUAUCAGAAACAACAACAGCAACAGCAGCAACAACACCAACAGCCGUACAAGCACGAAGCACAGUUGCCUGGCGUCGAAUCUUAUAAUAGUUCCAUUAAUAGUAUCCCAUCGAAUUCAACGCAUCCGCAGACAAUGAUUCCCAAUAAUGAUUUAGCGGAAAACUCAUAUUUUGCAAGUAAAAAUGUUCAACAUUCGUUCCCUCCCCAAUAUUACAAUUACUAUGAAAAUAAGAAUGCAGCCUCAACAACCAACUAUCAUCUUAAUAAUUAUGCGCCCUAUGGACAUUUUAAUUUUGCCCCUUAUCAUUCCAACUUUCACACGACGGCUGGUUACAGCGGCAAUCCCGCACCAUACAUUAACUCGAAUGCGUUUCCUAGACAACCAUGGAAUGCAGUUGGAAAUCAUCAAACAAAUAACGAAUCGAUUCGUCAGCAACCGUAUAUGGGAAGUACUUACUCCAUUAAUGAAUGGUCUUCCCAAUAAAAGAAGUAAUCAUUUUAAUAAUUAUUUCUUGAAUAAAUUUUGACUUAUUUAUUUAUUAGACUAGAAAAUUCUCUUGAGAAGUAGCACUAAAUACCAAAUAAGCUUAGAUUGUCAUUCCAAAACAGAUAAAAUGUAUAUCCAAUAAAUAAACAUAGAUAAUAUAAAUAUGUAGAACAAAUGUGAAUUUCUUGUGAGAUGAAGCGGUAACUAAUGUAAUCAAUUAAUUAAU